CCCAGAUAGUUUCAUCAUCAACCAUAGAGUUUUGACAGAACUUUUUGAAAUGUAUGGAAAAUUCAGUCAUUUACGAUCUCUGGAUUCAUUAUUCAUUUAAGUGAUUUGUUGAGGAUGGUUGUUUUUGAAGAUAUCUUUCAUUUCAAACUGUAGGCUUAUAAGUCUGUACAACUGAUGAACAUUACGACAGAAUGAAAAAGAAAACUAGCUGUUACCCAAUGGUUCUCUUUUUGAUGUAUAUUAAAUCAGUCAGUUCUUCACAAGUGAAUAAUUAAAACAAACAAAAUUACAGUAUAAAUAUACAAAUGUUUACUUAUAGUGCUUAUCUACCAUAUUUUCUAUACUUCAAUUUGUUUAUAGCUAAUAAUCGACUCUGAAUUAACUUUUGAAUCAAGAAAGUUAGAGAUGGAAAAAAUUCGCGAAAAGCUUUUACAAUCUAAACUUGAAUUAAGAAAUAAACAAGAUGAAGUAAAAAUGAACAAUGAAGACAACUGUAAACCUGGUAUCUGCUGUAAAAUUGGUGAAUUAGAUGAUAUCUUAUUCAAAGAUAUUGGCAACCGUAUAAGUGAAUCAGAUAAAUGGCCAGUAAUAAUAGAUCCAAGUGACAGAGUCAGUGUAUUUCUACGUCACAGGGAUACAAAUUAUGUAAAUGUAUUAAAUCCUAAUCAUCUAGAUAAAGAAAGACUAAGAAUUUCUCUUCUGGGUGCUCUACGUUAUGGUAAACCAUUUGUAUUAGACCUGAUGGAAGUUGAUGAUAUGCUUGAUACUGUUUGUCGAGAUAGAUUUGAUUCUAUCAAACCGUCAUUACUGAAUGAUAUAACUGAAAAGAAAAUACUACAUUCUAAUGUGUAAGUGAAUAUU